GAUUCCUACCAAAAGUGAAACCGAACAAAUGAAAGAAGGCGACACCGAGUGGGAAAAAGUUAUGCAAAAGUGCAACGAAACUUAUAAUAUACAAUUGGAUACCUUAGAUUAUCUAAAUACCACCGGUUCCAUACCAGACGAAGGAGACAAACAGGCAAUGUGCUAUAUACGAUGUUAUUUGACCGGAGUCGAAAUUUUGGACGGUGAAGGAAAACUCCAGAAAAACAAAGCCAAUGAAAUGUUGGGACCUAAGAUGAUGGACGUUGUCGAACACUGCUCUAACCAUAAAGAUUUGAACAGAGAAGAUAUAGAUGCAUGUGAAAAAGCAUAUCUUCUGGCAAAAUGCGUUUUGACUGGGGUGAUCGAGAAGUCAAAAUUAGCCGCCAAAAAUGAGUCCUUAACAUUGAAAUAA